AUGGAACGCGUCCCACUUGAAGUUUUGGACCGGAUAUGCCUCUACCUUCAAGAGUCUCAACAUGGCCCACGGGGAGACCUGUCAUCCUUUAGCCGGGUCAACCACAUCUGCUAUAAAGCAGCGGUCCCACUCAUCUAUCGGGACCUCACUCUUAGAUUUUGGGAUAUGGACAGCCUGCAUGCCGCGGUCUCAGACGUGACGAAACCCCCGCAAGGGUGCCAUUUCAUCAAACAUGCCAGGAGACUGAACAUUGUGUGUCUGAACAACCCGAUGGUCGAAGGGGAGGAAGAAGACUUUCGGUGGAAAUUGGAGCCUUGGACAACCGGUCUCUUCACGGAGAAACAGCCGGCCGUCAGAAAUAGCUUCUUGGAACAUUGGUUAACCACUUGUAAUCCAAUUCCCAACCAGAAGGUCCUGCACUAUGUUUCUACGGGAAUCCAUUGGGAUAGGGAUUGGGCACCGAUCCAGUCUCUUAUCGCUCGUCUGGACCGCUUGGAGCAGCUAGACUUUAUCACGCAGAACGAAUUCACAGGUGGCAUGGCGGAAGCGAUAUCCCAUUAUCACCCAAAUUGCAAGGUGAAUAUUGUCUGGCGACAGGCUGUUGCAUACAGCGUGCUCGAUAAAGAAGCUAGAAUACAACUCAACCCACACGGACUAUGGAGCACCUUCUGGGUCUUCACCUUCUCGCUGUGGACCUUCUCUACAAUGGGAAAUAUCUAUCAGCUGGAGUUGAAGUAUAUGACGGGUUACUGUCUCUCCUCGUUAACGCCCCAGGGCUAA